CACAGCAGUUGUUUGCGGAAGUGCAUCAAAGAGGGGCGUAGAGAAGGCGACGCAACAGGAUCUAUACUUUUAACAUUUCUAACAACUAACGUUGUUUGGUAUCAUUUGAACAGAACCGAAUAUUAAGUUAUUCCGUUGUUACGGGAUGAUGUUUUUGAUUCUUGCUUUACAACACGGGUUAUGUUGACGUUUAACAGGACACUUUAAAUGUGGGUUUAUACUGCGGUGUCUGGCACUAGCCCCAGUCCCAACCACUCGUCGUACGAACCUGAUGAAGGUGGUCUUCCCGGUGGAGUACUGUCCCACGAGAAGCACCAUGGGCUUGCUCUGGAAGUCUGCGGGCUCCAAGGCAGGAGAGUGGAAGUCAUGGAAGAGGUAGGUCUCUUCCAGGGGGAGCAGUUUCUUGCUGUAGAGGCUCUGCAGACCCUCCGUCACCGUCUGGUACAUUUCGCCUUCCUUGUUGCGGCCGCCCUGCUCCUGCUUGACCCAACUGAACAUCGCCGAGGCACACCAAGAGGAACCAAAAGGAGAAGAAAAAGAGGAAGACAACCUCCCUGUUUCUUCCAGGCACGCAGGAUGUUGGAGGCUGUUGGAGGCUGUGACUGACAAACACCGACUGUGACUGCGGCACCUGAGGGCGUGCACACGCCGCGCAGACACUGCCUCCUCUGUCACGCUCUGACCUCACCUGCAGGCUCGGCCUCCCACCCUACACACACACACACGCAAGCACUCGCUCGCGCACUGUGGCAGUUUUCAAUGGAGGGGUUCUGUCAACUUAAACUUUUUUUCCUUCGCACCUACGUCACAUUGAGGAAUCACGUAACAAAACACAUGUAUGAAUUAUGUAAUGUUCACAGCAGACAGCAAUAAUUAAUCACGCCUGCUUUCAACGUUGUGAGAUUUCAAGAAGAAACCUAGCGGCCUGUGGCGCCCUCUGCUGGACACAAACGAGAAGACAACUGACAGGUCCCGGAAACACAAUAUGCCUUGUCUACGCCACUCCCGGAACCCCAGAUCCAGCAAGGAAGGUUGGAAAAGAUGAUUGUCUGAAAUGGUGCUAAAAAGGCAGAGAUCUUCAAAACCAAAAUGUCUCCUAAACUGGGCCCACACCCUCAAGGUAUCACGAUACUUGAACUCUUCCACCUGGAACAAGACCUCACUCCCAACCCGAAGGGUCCAAUCCACCCUUUUGCGACUGACAACCAGGGCCUCAGAUGUGGAGGUGUUGAGUAUCAUCCCAGACGCUUCACAAUCACUUGCAGACCGCCAUGUUAAAUGCUGAAGGUCACAGCCUGAUGAGGCCAUCAGGACCACAUAUAGAUCCUAAGACUGCCAAACUGGGCACUCUCAACGUCUUGGUUGCACCAUAAUUAUAAAGGGCAGCCUUCUUGGAAGCUGGAGGCAAAAUUUUGAGGCAAUGAGGUUAGUGCAGAGCUUGUUUUUGUCCGACAGCGAAGCUACAAGUGGCUAUCACGUCCAUGGGGUACAGUGCUCACUUAGCAGUGCAGUUAACAUGUCCUCAUUAACAUUGGGAGAGUUCAUUGGGGUUUUUUCUGAACAGCGUACUUCCUGCUGUGGCUAGUGUUUCAUCAAUAUACUGUAAUAUCAUAGAGGCUGAAUGACACCACAUCAGAAUGGCUGUAAAGUAGUAAAGUAAAUUUGAAAUAGACACAGGGCACUAUGUCUUACACAAAGAUGCUCAAAACACAGCAUGGACAGUUCAACACUUCCUAGUUCUUUUCUUCUACGGACCAUUUCCUGAAAGGUAGCUCUAACCCAGCAUGCAGAACAUCACUGCCCUCUGUAGCCCACACUAAACAGCAGUUCAGAACGACACAAUACACCCGUCGUUACAGUAACAUUGCUGUCCACUAGUGACCAAUGUAGAGUACUACAUAUCACGAGUCCGUAUUGAACAACACAGUAGUUUAUUAAUUUCUUAAUUUUGAAAAACCUUGAUAGAGCGAAGCGCAAAAUUCGAACCACGAAGUGGCGAGGCACUACCACAACAAAUUUUAAAUAAAUCAGUAUGCGAUGGAAGUGUAGAUUUUCAGCUUUAAGAGCUUUGGCAAAAAUACAGCAUGUAUCAUUCGCACUUCCUGUCCACUCAUCCGGAACACAUUAAUUGCAACACACACAGCACAACUGUUAUUUAUGUCUUAUUUUCUCUGAUUAUAUCUACUAUAUGGGGUAAUACUCGUGUAAAGGUGACUAAAUGGGUGCUAUUUCAUGUCUAGAGUGCUCUAGUAAUGCUAAAACCUGUACGUACAAGAUUGUAAAUACCGGUAGGUAAUCUAUGCCAUAACUACAAACCAUUCUAUUUAUAAAGAAGGAAUUCUACUUCGAGGAAAUUCAGUUAUCGCGGUCAAGUCUGGAACCAAUUAAUCGUGAUAAACGAGGGAUUACACUCGUAUAAAAAUCUGUGUAGAUCCAGGUCGUGGUAAUACACAAAAAUUCAAUUGAGGCAACAAAUAAAAAAGGCAAAACAAAAAAAAAGACAAUUGGGUCGACCACCCCAAAAAGGUAUCCCUUGUUUAUUUUUCAAAGAGUUGGCAACCCUAAGUGUACUGCUAGUACAAUAUAGUGUUCGUAGUACAAGUAGAUGGAAAGAAAGUCCAGAUUAGCAUGUUAGCUAUGUUUGGUAUGUUGGAGUAAUCCUUGUGAGAAGCAAGAAGUGGAGGGGGCGGGUCACAUGAUCUCUAAUCUGGUUUUGAGUUGACUGGACCUUCUAGUGAGAACACAAACAUCAUUGUGAUUGCGAACAGCAUUGCAUUGUGGGAUAAAGUUUGCCAAUACAACUCUGUGUGUGUGUUCAAAAUGUGUGUGUGUAUGUCUGUGAGUAGGUCAAAGUGUGAGUGUGUGUGUGUGUGUUAAGCAUGUGCGUAGGUGUGUGUGUAUGUGUGUGUAAGGUGCAGGCUCGGCACUCACAGGUCCACUCGUCACAAUGAAGUCUGCUGCUGUGGUUCUGCUGCUGCUUCUCAGUCCAUCUACAGCCUUCGGUCUGGUUCCGACCCAGGAGGUCUCCAUCAGGACGCGGCCGGCAGACGUGAGGACAGAGGAGCUGGAGGACUCAGACCUGCCUCCAGAACUUCCGGUCAUCUGGAAUGAGUUAGUUGGGUUGAGGCACCUUGUCCUGAGCCUGCAGGCUGUGGCGGUUGACCAGCGUCAGGCCCUUCGGACCACUGAGAGCCGCCUGCGGGACAGUGAGGAGGAGGUGGAGCAUCAGAGACACGUUCUGGACUUACUGCAGGUAAAGAUGGAGGCUGACAGGAAGUUGGUGACUGAGCUGAACAUGGCCCUGAGGAGGAGCAAGGACCAGAGUGCAGAUGAGGUUCUGAAGAUGAGGUCCAGAUUGAACAUCAGUGAAAGUUCUGUGGAGGACUUGAAGAAGAAGACGUCAGCUCUGGCGGCCGACGUUCCCUUCCUGCGGGCGAGGUUGAGGGCUAGCGAGCGUCUGGUGGAUGAAUUGAGGAGAAAGAGUGCAGCUGUCAUGUCACGACUUUGCCUCAUGGAGGAUCUGAGGAGGCGGAGUUCAGUGGACCAGCCAGUGCUCAAAGAGAAAAAUGUCCGACUGCAAGAGGCGGAGUCCCGUCUGGAUGAGCUGAGCAUGGACAAUAUGGAGCGACUGGCAUCUCCGGCAGCCGACGUGGCAGAAGGUUUGCCACGUCUGCACUCCAACGUGACCAGCCUGGACGCUCGCCUGCAGCUUGUGGAGAACAACCUGACAGCACAGACACACACAGUGUCAAACCUGGAAGACAGUACGUUGCAAGUAGCGCGCCAUCUACAGGAGAUCAGAGCUACUGUGGUGACCACACUGAACAACACAUGGACACUAAGUGAAGACAUGAAGGCCCGUCUGAGCGUGCUGGAGAACCUGGUGGAAGAUCUGAGGACUGCCAAGUCAGUCCAAUCAAGUCAGCUUUCCAGCAUGGAAGUUCAACUGGCUUACAGCCACAACAACACUGCCGCUCUUGAGGUCACUGUGAGGUCAGCUGAAGCUCAUGUGGAGGAGCUGAAUCUUCUCAACAUAGCUCAGGCCAAGCAACUUUCCAACAUGGAGUCACGAUUGAUUUGCAACCUCAACGACACUGCAGUGCUGAAGGACAGACUGAAUGUCAGUGAGAAACGUGUGGAAGAACUCAAGACAGAACACACAGUGAGUGACGGCCAGCUGGCGAUGGUCAUGCAGUCAGUCAAGGUCAUAGAAGGACAAGUGGUGGAUCUGUGGACAAAGAACACAGAGCUGAAGUCCAGACUGGAAGGUGAAGACCACAUCAAGACAGUGUUGCAGGACAAGUUAAACAUCACGGACACGAAGAUAAACAAACUGAAGACGACAACUGAAGAGCUAAUGUUGCAGUUGCGUGUUUUGGAGCAACACAGCCAGGGGUCAGGUGAGACGAAAGUGGCCUUUUCCGCCGCACUUACUGACUCGGGAUCAGUUGGACCCUUUGACCAGGAAACUACGCUGAUCUUCUCCAAGAUCUUCACCAACGUGGGCCAAGCUUACGACGUGACCUCAGGUGUGUUCACGGCACCCGUCGGUGGUGUUUAUGCGUUCAGCUUCACGACGGCCGACUUCCUAAAAGGUUACAUGGGCGUGACCUUGUACCGCAACCAGCAGCCAAUUAUCUUCAGCCUAGACCUCAACGACCACGGUGGCUACGCAUCUGUCACCAACGGCGUGCUGCUGCAGCUGGAGGCAGACGAUCAAGUCCGUCUGAGUCUGCCCGCCAGCUACCGCCUCUAUGACGACGCCCGAAACUUCAGCAUCUUCAGUGGCUUCCUGCUCUUCCCGCUCUGAGCUGAUCAGCACAACAUCUCCUCGACAAUAGACUAUCUUGGACUUUGUUCACUUCUUCCUGGUCUGCUUGAAAAGAGGACAAAUGUGAACAUGUGUCCGACAAGCAGGAAGCAGUGCUUGCCAUGCUAACAGUCAAACAUUUAUUUAACAUGUGACAUCAAAGGUCAGUCUGUCAGGCCAUGCCGUUUCCAUGG